AGGUGUUAUUCAUUCGAGUAGAGCUGCCUGUCCGCAGACAUCCUGUUUAAAUAGUUUCUAUUAUUUUAAGUUAAAACCAUGGCUAGGAUUAUACUUUCGUUUUUUGUAAUUAUUCUCAGUAUUUACUUAACAGAACAAACCUACUUUUUAAAACAAGAAUACAUCGACAAUAUUAAUCAUGUUGCAUCAACAUGGAAAGUAAGUAAUUGUAACUAGGUAAAUAUAAGUAUUUAGAAUAUAUACCUAGUUCCUAAAAAAAUAAUUCUAUAAUAAUAAAUAAUUUUUCAUAAUAUACAAUGACUUAAAUGUAUACGUAUAUUUGUUUAAAAAUGUUUUAUCAAAAAAUAUGUUUAAAAUGUUUAGGUAUGGUGGUAUAAUGCAGUGUAUAAUAAAUUAAAUUUAUAUUAUACUAGGACUGUUAAUUUAUUCCCGCUCCUCAUAUUCUAUCCCCCAUAUUGUUUUUAAGUUAUUGAAUACUUAAACGAAUAUAUUUAGUAUUUAAAAAUAACAAACUAUAUUAAGUUUUUAAUUUACUUUAUUUAUUUAUUCUUAUAAAUAACAAAAUCUCAUAGCAUAUUACGUCUACUUAAGAUAGUGUAUAAUCUUUUAUACAAUAUGUGGAGAGCCGGCCUUAAGUUGUAGCGAAGCCUGGAGCAAUUUUUUUUUCAGAGGAGGCCUAAGAAUUUUUUAUGUAUGUAAUAAGUAUUACAUUAUGUGUAAUGUAUUUACAUAAUUUAGUCUUUUUAUUAUUUUUUUUUUUUGAAAUUAAAUAAUUAACAAUACGUCAUUAUUAAAAUUCUCGUUUUUAAAUUUUAUUAGUUUUUAACAGUCUUUAGUUACUAUAAUUAUUACAAAUUAUUCAUAUAAUAAUUAAUAAUAUAAUGUAAUUUAUCAUUACAAAUUGAUCGUAGAAAUAUUGAAUGUUAAAUUAUUACUAUAUUCUACAAAAAGUUUACUUUUCUUUUUUUACUUCGCAAAUUCAUGUAUUACAUGCAGUUUAAGUUUGAACCUUUAUUUUUUUCAAAGAUAAUUUUAGUGAAGUUAUUCUUUAUUGAUAAAUGGAUUCUGAAAAUCUUUUAUGAAUUACAAUAUUUCAAUUGAUUUAUUAAUUUCUUCAGGCAUUAUUUGUCUGAGAAUUUUUAACUCAGAAAAAAGUUUUUGAUAAAAUUCUAAGAGAAAUAAAAUAGCCAGGCCAAAUAAGUAGUUUUGUAUCAACAAGAUAUAAAUAGGUAUCAUAAAUGUACUGUUCUGUGGUAAAAUUAAAAUUAUUGAUAUUAUAUCGUGGCAUUGAGUAAUAAGACGUUAACUAGUAAUGUACCUAAGUAAAUAUUAGUAAAAUUAACUUUUACUACAAAACUAGGGAAAUUUGAAUUGAAUAAUAAUUGCGUAAUAUAUCACUAUUCAUUUCAACGUGAAGUUCACAGUUUGUAAAAUAUAAUAUUAGAAUGCAGUGUUUAAUUUUAUUAACGUUGGGCCCAAAUUUUCAUAUACAUUUAAAAGGCCCGAGAGAGAGGCCCUAAAGUCUAAGGCCGGUUUUGAAUUUGUAUGAGCAAUAUGAGUAGGCAUUCAGCCCAUACGGGAUAUUAUAUCAAUUUUUACCUCCAAGUACAAAAUACAUUUAGUAUUUUUGAAAAAAUAGUAGAUAAUUUGUUUUUACCUUUAGAUACAAUUUAAAUGAUUUUAAUAUUAUUUAUUUUUAACAAAAUAUUAUAAGUACAUUAUUAUAUGUUUUUUUUUUUUUUGAAAAUGCUAUAAAGGAAAUUUAAUACUUAAUACUUAAAAUUAAAAAUGCCAGUAAAUAUAAUCUAAAAUACUGCCCAUCAUCCAAAGGGUAAUAGCAUUUCUCAAUCAAGUUUGAUGAUCAUCGUCUUUCAAUAUAUAUUUGCUAUAUUUAUAAUUGUUAAUGUCUAUUUGUUGUAGGCUGGUAUGAAUUUCGAUCCGGACACAUCAGAAGAAUAUCUUACAGGACUAUUGGGAUCUAAAGGUGUUGUACGAGAUGUCUCUAAAAUAAAAAGCAGACUUAAAACACAUGAUUCAGCAUAUAAGACUAAUAUGAAAAUCCCAAAAUAUUUUGACUCGAGAUUAUUUUGGCGCCAUUGUACAACUAUAGGCGAAGUUCGUGAUCAAGGAAAUUGUGGUUCGUGUUGGGUGAGUACUGAGUUUAUAUUUUAAUAAUAGUAGAAGCACUUCCAAAACAUAUAAUAUUAUUUAUUUUAUUGUAAAAUGUAUAGGCAUUUGGUACUACUGGAGCGUUCGCUGACAGAUUGUGUAUAGCGACCAACGGAGAAUUUAAUCAACUCAUAUCUGCCGAAGAAUUAGCGUUUUGUUGUCAUUUAUGUGGUAACGGAUGUAACGGAGGUUAUCCAAUCAAGGCUUGGACUUAUUUCAAAUACCACGGCAUAGUAUCAGGAGGAAAUUACAAUACAACCGAUGUAAAUAACAUUUUAUUUACUUUAAAACAUUCAAAACACAUCUUUUUCUAUAUUAGGGAUGUCAACCGUAUAAAAUAUCACCAUGUCUACAUCAUGAAGAAGGGGAAACUGCUUGCGAUAAAAGACCGAUGGCUAAGAAUCAGAAAUGCAUUAAAACUUGUUACGGCGACAAUUCGCUUGACUACUCCAAUGAUCACAAAUAUAGUAAUUAAUUAUUCACAGUUAUAAUGAUUAAAAUUAAUAAUUUAUCAAUACGUUUAUAAUAUUUUGUCCGUGAAUGUAGCUAGAGACGCAUAUAAUCUGGCUUAUGAAACUAUUCAAAAAGACAUAAUAGCCUACGGACCGAUUGAAGCAUCGUUUGAUGUAUACGAUGAUUUUUUUAAUUACAAAAGUGGUUAGUUUACUAAUACAAUAUUAAUAGUAUAAUGUUCAUUUAUAAUAUAUAUUUUAAGAAUAUUCUUUUUUCAACAGGAGUUUACGUAAAGAGCGAAAACGCAACAUAUAAAGGAGGACAUGCAGUCAAAUUGAUCGGAUGGGGUGUUGAGCAUGGUGUAGAUUACUGGCUGUUGGUUAAUUCAUGGGGUUAUAAAUGGGGAAACAAUGGACUUUUCAAAAUUCGCAGAGGUACAAAUGAAUGCGAAAUUGACGAUUCUACUACCGGAGGUGUUCCUGUCGUCUAAAAACAUUGAAUUAUUGUCUAUUAUAUUUUUUUACACCACCUGUCUAAAAAUAUCGUAUGUUAAUACUUUAUUGUUGAUAUUAUCAUUGUAGCUUAUUGUAAAUGUAAAAAUAUAUAUUAUUUUAUUUAUAUAAUCAU